AUGAUCUGUACCUGCACAGAAUCUUCAAACUGUUCUGCACACAAGACUUGUGCCGAGUGUCAGUUGUCACCUGAAUGUGGAUGGCUCGAUGACGGGUCUCGAACAGGACUUGGAACCUGUAUUCCUGGCUCUUCACGUGGUCCACUUGAACCUAUCAAAGACUUCCAUUCUGAACAAUGGUAUUUUAUCGACUGCCCAGCGUGCCAGUGCAACGGUCAUUCUAUGUGUAACGAAACUCGGCAUACUGUUGGCGGCAUACAGGAAGUUUGUGGUGAUUGUCAACAUAAUACAAUGGGCAGACAUUGUGAGAUUUGCGCUCCAGGUUACUUUGGUGAUCCUCGGAAUGGUGAUCAUUGUACAGCUUGUCAAUGCAAUGGGCAGUCGGACACAUGUGAUAACAUUACGGGUGUUUGCCAUUGCAGAACUAAAGGUGUUAUUGGAGCCAACUGUGAUCGUUGUGACCAGAAAUACUAUGGGCAGCCAAAGAAUGGCACUCCUUGUUACUAUGAACUCAGUGUCGACUUCAUUUUCACGUUCAAAUUAAAAAACGAGGAAAAAGAUAAACAUGCGACGGAAAUCUACUUGUUCAGCAUUCCGCAUAAGAAUGGACCAUCUGUUUCUGUUUGUAUUUGCAGAACAAAUGAUGAGCGACGUGUAUUCAUAUUUUUUGGUGAGCAAUGUCUGUUCCUAAAGUCCUAA